AACAUGUUCGCCCUUGGUCCGAUCACCACCCUAUUCAGGUCUAUGUUUGGAACCGGAAUGAAGCGAGUACAUAAAGAUCCGUAUUCUGCCUCUCCUGCGGGACGGGCUUUGAUCUGUUCAACAGCAGGCCUGACGGUAUCUAAUUUAACACAGACAUUCUCUCAGAUACGCUUACUCCGAAUCAACUCGACAGAUACAACAAAUACUCAGUCCACUUCGGUUCACUCCAUUCCAUCAAAAUGAAGUUCCUCACACUCGGCAUCGUCCUGGCUUCGACCAUUGUUAGCGUCAGCAGUCUUCCGACUGAUAUUGACAGCAGGGCUGUCGGCUUCCAAAACAACCAUGACCAGCACUUGGAGGAUCGUGAAGAGCGCAAGGGUGCUCGUGACAUCUUCGUUCCCUCCUUCGCCGGCGUCGAGACCACUACUGGCGUGCUCGCGGACUUCGAGAGAGGUGAUGGCGCAGUGCCCCUUCGUGCCCGGCAGCUCAAGAAGAAGAAAGCCAAGGGUAAGGCUGCCAAGGGCAAGGCAGCUAAGGGAAAGGCUGCAAAGGGCAAGGCUGCCAAGGGAAAGGCUGCCAAGGGAAAGGCUGCCAAGGGCAAGGCCGCAGCCGCAGCUCCCGCGGCUCCCGCAAAGGCCAAGGGCAAGGUCGCCACUCCCGCCAACGGUGCUGCUAAGAAGAAGGCCGCCGCUCCCGCCACACCAGCUGCUGGCGGUGCUGCCAAGGGCAAGGGUGCUGCCGGUGCUGCCGGUGCUGCUCCCGCUGCCGGCGGUGCUGCCAAGGGCAAAGGAACCAACCCGCCUGCUGCUGCUGCACCCGCUGGCGCUGCCCCCGCUGGCGGUGCUGAUACGGACAAGGAAGCCAACCCGCCUGCUGCUGGCGGUGCUGCCAAGGGCAAAGGAACCAACCCGCCUGCUGCUGGCGGUGCUGCCAAGGGCAAAGGAACCAACCCACCUGCUGCAGCUCCCCCAGCUGGUGCCGCUCCUGCUGACGGUGCUGAUAAGGACAAGGGAGCCAACCCGCCAGCUGCUGCUCCUCCUCCUGCUGCCGCCCCUCCUCCUGCUGCCCCUCCGGCUGCUGCUCCCCCAGCCGCGGUUCCUGCUAUCGCCCCUCCGGUUGCUGCUCCUCCGGCUGCUGCUCCUCCGGCUAACGCUGCCCCCCCUGCGGCUCCCAACACUGCCAAAGUUCCCCUCAAGCCUGCGCAGCCAGCCGCUCGCCCCGCCCCUGUGGCACCUGCGCCGCCCGCCAACUAGUUUGUCAGUGGCUAGUCAUGGAGGGGCUUAAUGGGUAGAUAAACCGGCACGGGUGUUGGUUGGUUUGUCCGGAUCACGAUGUUUACGACUAUGUGUUUUUAUGAAGGCUUGCAACCGCGACUUACGGCGACUAAAACCAGCCUGAACGCUGGGCAGGCGCUCACAACCGCUAUUCGCUUUGUCUUGGGGGAGUGUCGAUGUACUGUAUAUACAUAGCCACCAAUGAUAGAUCCCAUUCACGACGAAC